AUGAACCUCCAAGUCGUCCCACCAGCAUGUAUGUAUUUCGCUUUUUCCAUCGAUGUCGCUGCAACAUUGGGCAUCUACUGUGAUGGUGGUGACGACCUUAUGCUUCAAAAACUGGAAGGUUUGAAGGACAGGAUGUAUGCAGGAUACUGCGUGGCAGUUGAGGACAGGGUUGAUGAGAAUAACAAGUUUCACGUUACCAACAUUCGACCAGUGCAACAGGGUCUCACGAAGCCUUACUCUCGGAAGCCUCGUUAUGCGCAACCAGCCAUGUGUAUUCCUAUCUUUCCGGAAACGACCCAUCCCAGGUCAAGGGAACCUCUGGAAUUGUCGAAGCCAUUGCCUUGGAACAACUGCUACCACCCCACCUGCUAUGACUUCUAUGCCCAUCUCAUCAAACCUUUGGCGGAGGAUGGGCGCUACUACCGACUCCUUCAGUCUGGGCUAGAUGAGGUCCAGGUUCUUCGAAUUCUUGACGGUCAAGAAGAUGCCCCGGAUACAGUCGACUUGUCAGGUCGGCCUGACGAUGAGCCUUACCAGACGUUCCUCGCCAACAUACCCGGCUCUGAAGAGCCAGAGGAUGAUAUCUUCAUGCCUGUCUUGUGUAUCAAACACGUCUUGUCAAACGUGACAGAAAUAUCUGACCCUUCGCAGCUACGGGAAGACAGGGAUCUCUUUCAAGCAAUUGUGGAGGAGUAUCAACUCGAGCGAUACGGUCCGGUAGUUUACGAGACGCCAGAGUAUCUGUCGAUUGAGGAUGAAACUCUCCCAGAUAACUUUUCCAUCGUGUAUAGUCUAAUGUCAUCGGCAUCUGGAAAUUCCACGGAGGAGCUGGACUCUGGUUUUCCAGACUCUCACGAACUGACCUUGUCGGAAGAAGAGGCUCCCCAGGUACCGGUGCCCGGUCAGAAAGGCAUAUGGCGAGUUAAGUCGUUCUUCCGGCGAGCGAUGAUGAAUGUCCUCGAGGUCUUGAAGCGGCGCAAAUUAUCCAACAACUCGUGA